AUGGCAGGGGCACUAGAUAAUGCAAAAAGUGACUUACCCAAAAUUCGUGACGCGGAAAGAGAAAAAGAUUUUGGCUAUGUGUUCGCGGUGUCCGGGCCAGUUGUGGUUGCCGAACAAAUGAACGGAUCGGCUAUGUACGAAUUGGUCCGUGUAGGUUACCAAGAACUAGUGGGAGAAGUUAUUCGUCUUGACGGUAAUAAAGCUACGAUUCAAGUAUACGAAGAAACUGCUGGGUUAGAAGUAGGCGAUCCAGUAUUAAAAACGGGAAAACCGUUAUCUGUUGAAUUGGGACCCGGUUUGAUGUCUAAUAUCUAUGAUGGAAUCCAACGACCACUCAAGGCAAUUCGUGAAAUAUCAGAUAGUAUUUACAUACCACGUGGAAUUGCUACACCUGCUUUAGAUAAAAAGAUAGCAUGGGAUUUCCAGCCUAGUUUUAAAGUUGGUGAUCAUGUAACCGGUGGUGAUAUCUAUGGAGAGAUUUACGAAAACUCGUUGCUACGUAGGCAUUCGAUACUUUUACCACCUAAGGCUCUUGGCACUAUUACGCAUAUUGCGGAAGCUGGGUCGUAUACAUUGGAAGAUGUGGUUCUAGAAACAGAAUUUGAAGGAAAGACAUCAAAGCACACCAUGUUGCAAUUAUGGCCGGUUCGAUCACCACGCCCUGUCACCGAAAAGUUAGCUGCAAAUUACCCGUUGCUUACUGGACAACGUGUGUUGGAUGCUUUGUUUCCUUGUGUGCAGGGUGGUACGACUGCUAUUCCUGGCGCUUUCGGGUGCGGAAAAACAGUUAUUUCACAAUCGUUGUCAAAGUACUCCAAUUCUGAUAUUAUUAUUUAUGUUGGUUGUGGCGAACGUGGUAACGAAAUGGCUGAAGUAUUAAUGGAUUUCCCAGAACUUACUAUUAAUGUGGAAGGUCGCAACGAAUCUAUUAUGAAACGUACAACAUUGGUGGCUAAUACCUCUAACAUGCCGGUCGCCGCUCGUGAAGCAUCUAUUUACACUGGAAUCACACUUUCCGAAUAUUUCCGUGAUCAAGGCAAGAACGCUGCCAUGAUGGCAGAUUCAACUUCACGUUGGGCUGAAGCUCUUCGUGAAAUUUCGGGACGAUUAGCUGAAAUGCCUGCUGAUAGUGGGUAUCCAGCGUAUUUAGGUGCUCGUUUAGCUUCCUUCUAUGAGCGUGCUGGAAAAGUUACGUGCCUCGGAAAUCCUAAACGUGAAGGAAGUGUAACUGUUGUUGGGGCUGUUUCCCCACCAGGAGGUGACUUUUCCGAUCCCGUAACCUCAGCAACACUUGGUAUCGUUCAAGUAUUCUGGGGUCUCGACAAAAAGCUCGCGCAGCGUAAACAUUUCCCAUCAGUAAAUUGGUCGCUCAGUUUCUCGAAAUAUCUUAAAGUGUUGGAAAGCUUUUACGAGUCGAAAGAACCUGAGUUUAUUGCGCUGCGUGAUAAGACUAAAGAAAUCCUGCAAAAGGAGGAAGAUUUGUCAGAGAUUGUACAGCUUGUUGGAAAGAGUGCUCUUGGUGAGGCUGAUAAGAUCACACUAGAGAUAGCAAGAAUCAUUAAAGAUGAUUUCCUUCAACAAAAUGGUUAUUCUAAUUAUGAUCGAUUCUGUCCAUUCUACAAGACCACUUGGCUACUCAAAAACAUGAUCGGCUUCUACACAGCAGCCACACACGCUGUCGAAGUCACAAACAAUGAAAUAACGUGGGCAAAGAUACGUGAACAAAUGGGCGAUUUGUUGUAUAAAUUAAGUUCUAUGAAGUUUGAGGAUCCAGCAGAUGGGGAAGAAGUUCUUCGUGAUCGAUACCAAAAAAUUCAUAAUGAGAUUCAAGAAAGGUUUAGAUUACUGUUGGAGUAG